GUCACUAUACCUAAUUUGAAAACUCAUUAUAAAAUCAAUUUUUGAAUGGCACGCAGCGUCUAAAAAAAAAAUCAUUCGUUUAUAUUUAGUUUGUCGAUUUUUUAUAUAACUUUUUUCCGAUGCAAGAAAAUAUUAUUUUUACUACGCAUCAAAGUGGUAGUAUUCAAAUAUAUAUACUGUAUUUAACUUUAAGCGUUCCCGCAUUAUCGCGUGAUAUUUUCCCGGUGAAUGUUUAUUUCAAGUCUUUACACUAUAUGCGGUACAGUAUGCAUAUACAGUAAGAAUUCAAAAAAAUCGUAUUGCAUUUUUUUUAAAUGAAUGCCUAUUAGCUCAUCCUAAAAUGAUUUAGUGUUUAAUGGAUGAGUUUUAAACAUUGCUUGCCAUAAGAGAUACAAAUAAUUUCAUAAAAUUUAAAAAUCAGUUAAUCCGGAUUACUAAUUAUCAUUUUUUUUUUGCGAUAAAA